UGAGCGAGUUCAAGGACCGAUACCCGAUACUUGCAGCGAGCUUCACACAAUCCAACCAAGUGGAGCUGAGCAUGACAACGAUACGGGCAUCUCCUAAACUGUGCCCCGGCUACAGCGAUGGCAGUUGCAUCGCCUCGGGCACUCUCGAGUACAUCCGGACGUGGAGAGAGUUCAAGUCGCUUCCCGGUGUAUACAAGACAGACAGGAAGUGGUUGAAGCUUCGAUACCCACCGGCCGAGGGAUACUCCGCGCACCCUGGCUGGCAGGAAAUGCUGAAAAACGCGGCAAGGUCGGUGGCCGACUUGACGCCCCCGUAUAUCCGCUACCUCAGCUGGCGGUUUGCAUGGCAUCUCUUCUGGCACCACAGGGGCAUGAGGCACCAGAGCGCACCGCUCGAGAGGAUGUGGGGCAACGUCGCAGCAGACGUGCUCCUGUGGCACUUUAGACUCCUCCAGGACCAUGAUCUCGAGGUGCUUUACAGCAUGAGCGUUGGCAGCCUCUUGGGCCUGCUGGCGUGUCGCUGGGACUACGGCAUCGCCGUGCUCGAGAUGUUCUACGCUAUACGGCAGGAUCUCGAUAAGCACAGCUUCAAUCCGCUCAAGUCCGCCGUCCAGCGAGCUGAUACAGCCAUGCGCUGGUACAUCAAGGCCAUAAAUAAAGAUGAAGAGGAGCAGAGAUAUCAACGGAUGCUGCUAAGCAGUGCCUUCCGAGUUCUCAACAACAUGUUGAGAGUGUAUGCGACGGAGAGACAGUGUCGAGUCUUUGCCAAGCUGUAUUGCAGACCCCCUCCGAUUCCGAGAGAUUUCUUUGUUAUAUUCUCUCGGGAUCAAUUCGGCAAGGAAAUGGAACAAGAAUCGGGUCAACUAGAGCGAGAGAGAGCGGAUAAGUCGAUCAAAUGGCUCGUGCAUCAUAUUGCGGAACACGAGGCAAUCCAUGGGAAAAUCGAGCCCAAGGGUACAACGGCCCCGCACGACCGGCAUAUGAGCUGUGUUAAUGCGGUCGAAAGCUGGUACGGUCACGCAUUCAUCGAGGAACUGGCCGAGUCCCUACAGGAGCGCGAGAGAAGUGAGAAGUCGGGCCAUCUCAGCGACUCGGUGAGCUUGGUGGAGUGACGUUGGGUCCCUCCCCUCACCGAGAGAAGCAGGGGUCUUGGCCCCGAGACGCCUUUAUUCCCCGCCAACCCCCACC